GACGCAGCUUCACUAACAUUUUGAAGUGCGAACAUAACGUUUCGUUAACGUUAAUCGUGAAUAUCAGUGUUUUUUGUUUUGUGCAAAAGAAGAGAAAAAAAAUAAUUCUCCAUUCAACAUGAGAUCGAGAAUGACAGUUAUUCCAAAAUUGAUGUCACAAUGGUGGGAGGCUCUUGAACGACCACAUCGUCUUCUGGAUCAACAUUUUGGAUUGUCUAUGAAUCCAGAAAAAUUGUUUUUAAGAUCAAAUUUUAACAGAAGACUUCCUGCCUCCUAUGUACGACCCUUAGAGGAUUUCUUUCGGGAUGAUGACUUCUGGAGAGAUGAUGAUCAUGGAUAUUCUGUCGUAAAGGCGGACAAAGAUAAAUUUAACAUUGCUCUCGAUGUUCAGCAAUUUAAACCAGAAGAAAUAAACGUAAAAGUUGUUGACAAUUGCAUUGUGGUUGAAGGAAAACACGAAUUAAAGAGAGAUGAUCAUGGGAUGAUUUUACGGCACUUUAUUCGAAAAUACGUCGUACCAGAGGAGUGUGAUGCGGAAAAAACCACGAGUUCACUUUCUUCCGAUGGUGUAUUGACAAUUUCAACUCCAAGGAAACCGGAAGCAAUUGAAAAUUUAAAAGAAAUACCCAUAACAAUUGAAAAAACAGAAAAACCUUCCAUUGAAAAUAAAGAGCCGCAGGAAAAACAGAGUAUUUCUGCCAUUGCACCUGGAACUUGUCCUUAUCAUUGUGCACGGUUGAAACACCUCCGUCUUCCUCACGCAAAAGGUCUGCCCAUGGUCUACGAUAAUUCACUGGGCAUUUUCGUGGAACAAGCUGAUGGAGCAUGCUACGUGGAGCCAAAAGUUGAUCAGGAUGAAGACCAAGACCAAAAUGUUGAUCAAGGAGAUGAUGAGGACGGUCGAGAUCCUCCCACCAAUCCGAAAACAUCAAAGAGAUGUAAUCUCGAUGAAUGCUCGUGUAAUACUGAACGCGUUGCUAACCGGCCGGCUAUUUAUCUACACAUUCACACUGAGUCGAGAACCGUUGAGAAACUUCUAGAAAUUUCGCGUAAAAUCUCCAUUUCGGAGCACGAGGAUAAGGAAUUUAUAAAUUCAGAAGAAAUUACGGAGAAUUUGUCAAUUUUUUCAUUAUAUCACAACAAAGAACAUGGAUCAAUUUUUACAUUGAAAAUGUCUCUCGUUCCAUUAAUGUUCUCAAAGUGGUGGGAGGACCUUGAUCAUCCCCAUCACGUUUUUGAUCAAAAUUUUGGCCAUGGCCUUCAUCCUGAAGAGUUGGAAUUAUCGAUUUCUCCCUAUCAUGACCUUGUAUCGAGACCUCACAUUUUGCAUCGUCGUCUGGCCCACCGACGCCAUCCUUACGAUAGGAGUCUUUCUUUGACACAAAGGUCUGGUGGUACUUCGACUGUGCAUACUGACAAAGAGAAGUUUAAUGUGAGCUUGGAUGUUCAACAAUUCAAACCAGAGGAAAUUUCUGUAAAAGUUGUGGGAAAUAAUGUGAUCGUCGAAGGAGAGCAUAAAGAAAAGCAAGAUGAGCACGGAUGGGUGAGUAGGUCAUUCACCAGAAAAUAUCUUGUUCCGGAGCAAUGUGACAUUGAAAAAUUGUCAUCCAGUCUAUCUUCUGAUGGAGUUUUGAUUAUCAAUGCACCGCGAAAGGAUCUUCCUUUGGAAGAUAAGAAAGAGCGAAUUAUUGAAAUUCAACAUACUGGUGUACCAGCUAUCAAGGAAUCAACAAAUAAAUCUAUUGAUUCUCAAAAGGAAGCAGCAUCACAAACUAAAAGUCCAGCACAACCACGAGUUGCCGAAAAAAUUGUAAAAGCUGCCUAAGAUAGCAUUUCUUUGUAUUUUUCAUUCUUUUUUUUUACUUUCACACGCGUAAUACAAUUACUUAGUCAUUUAUCGUUCAACGAAGUAUUAUAUUAUUUUCCAGUGAGACUCCAUAUGUCAUUUAGUUUAUAAAUAAUUUCAAUAUUAAAAAAAAAAAGUGAUAAACAUGUGAUCAAUAAUUUUUUUUUCUCGCUUAAUAGUAAAAAUAAUUUAAGUAUUUUUGCAUUUUGUAUCAGAACAUUGUAAAAAUGAAUUUUCUGAACGAAUUUUAAAAUGAAAUAAACUUGACAUUUAAAAUUGAAAA